AUGGAUCCUGACUUAGAAGAAUAUCAAUGCUAUGUCAUUUGCGAAGCUUCUCCAUUUUGCAAAAACGCAAACCCAGAUUGAUACUGGCAAAACCAUUACGACAACCUUGCCAAACAAGCUGAUGAUUUUUGAUACGAUUCAUCACCAAGCGAUUCAGAAAAUCCCAACUACUACAAUCUAAGCCCCUACAACAUCCACAAUUCCUCAGAUUCCUCCUCUCUCAACCACAUCCCCUCUGGCACCCCCACCAAGCCUAAAGGGUUAUAGUAGAGUCUCUUGAGAAUGAGUUGUUGGGACUUGAGCAGAGAUUGGAGAAGGAGGAGAAAGUAAGUGUCAAGGGGUUAUUUUGUAAAUUUUGGAGGUGAAUAAGAGGGAAGAAGGGGUUAUUGAGAGGUUAGAACAAGAGUUAAGUGAGGUGGAGCAAGAGAAGUAAGGAGUUUAGUCAUUUUUGGGAAGGAAUUGGAUUUUAGUCAACUUGAAUUAGACCAGAAAGAAGCUAAUCUGGCCAAAAAGCAGGCUGAUAAGGUUGAGAGAAAAUAUAACACUGCUCAAAGAAGAGCUCAAGGCUAUCAAAAAUAAAUAAAUAGAAAGAGGAUUACUGACUAUAAACAGCAGCGAAUCAUAAGAAAAUUACACAGAAAAAUACACAGAAUUACAAAACACCUUAAGAAGCAUACUCCCCUCAACCCCACUCAAAACCCUACCGUACCUCAUCUCUUACACCUCCUCGGCAUCAAACCCUGCAAACCCUCUCCUCUCUAAAAUUCCAAAAUCC